UUCGCUCCUCCCCCGCUCCCCGUUCCCUCCCCCCCCCCUCCGUGGCCGCACAUACACACGCACACACCCCUGGCACGCCAUGGCCGACUCCUCCCUCGACGGCUCGUCCUCCGCCGCGCAGCAGAAUGUCGUCGCCGAUGCCCUCCUGAACGUCAAGGCCCUGGCCUCGUUCAGCUUCAGCGAUGACCAGCCGCCCCUUGAGUUCCCGAGCAAGGCCAUCUCGGCCGAGGUGUCCUGGUCGGAUGGCUCGCGUCUGGACGCACCCGCCUUCCGCCACGAGAAGAUGCAGUUCAUGAGCGAGCAGCUCCAGCAGAUCGCCACCCUGGAGGAGCGCACCCGCGUCGGCGAGUCCUUCAUCCACAUGCUGUACGCCUACCGCGGCGUGUCCGGCGCCAUUCCCCAAGUGCGCGACCAUGACGAGGCCAACAAGGCGGCCCUCUACGCACACACCUACCAGGUCCUCAAGCCGCUGGUGGACAAGAUGAAGGAACUCAUGGCCUACAUGGAGUCCUCGGUGAACACCGUUUGCAAGAUCCUGGUGGUGGCCAACGAGGCGCGCAAGUCCCGCGGGUCGCCCCCCUCCGAGGAGCUGCUCCUGGCCCUGGCCCGGGUAUUCAACAUGUUCAUCUCGCUGGACGGGCUGAAGGACAUGAAGUCCUCGCUGAACAACGACUUCGCCAUCUACAAGCGCGCCCUGUCCAACAUGAAGAAGCAGACCAACCCCAAUGAGGAUGAGACGAUGGAAAACCAGAAGCUCUACAACUUCCUCGGUAACAAGGACGAAUUCGCGCGCGAGCUCCGCAAGACCAUCAACCUGGACGGCGGCCCCGGCGCCAUCGAGGACGUCCUGGCCGACUUGCUGGACAAGGCGGCCGACAUCAUCGAGCGGCGGACCUACAUCACGGCCGACAACAAGCACACCCUGCUCAAGGCCAUGGGGUUCUCGCUGUACCUGCUGGACAGCGACCAGUCGGACAAGGCCAUCACCAAGAACAAGAAGGUCAAGCUCGACCGGCUGAUGCGCCUGUUCAAGGCCACCCCCUACAUGCCGCUGACCGGUGACAUGACCCUCAGCAUGCAGACCCUCCUGCUGAAGACCAGCCUGCGCGAGGUGAGCUGGGUCACCGAGAGCCCGGGCAAUGAGGACAACUCCCUGCGCCGGGCGUACUCGCUGCUGCACACGCUGCCGGAGGCGCGGGCCGAAUUCCGCGAGUACCUGGCCGAGCUGGGCACCUUGCGUAGUGAGUUCCGCCGGCGGCAGCGCCUCAUGGGGGCGGCCGGUGGUGCUCCGGCCGACACGCUGACCCCGGUGCCGCCGCUCCUGUCCUCCCCCAUGUACAAUGUCCUGCUCCGGGGGUUGCAAUUGCUGGGGCGCCUGACCACGGCGGUCAUCGAGCAGUCGGCCUGGAAGCUGGCCCAUCCGACCGACUCGUCCAUCAACCCCGACUGCCCGGAGAAUGCCCACGACUAUGAGAAGUCCGUGCGGUACAACUACAGCUCCGCCGAGAAGACCGCCUUCGUGGAGUACCUGUCCAUGGUGUACAGCCUGAAGCGCACCCUGGCCCAGGCGGAGGCUCCCUUCGGCCAUGUCAUCUACUCGUACAUCCAUGCCACCCUGCAGCGCUUCGCUCAUGGGUCCCUGGCGGAGGUGAUUGCCUCGGUGGCCAAGAAGAGCAAGCAGAAUGUCCUCGUGGCCCUUGGUCACGCGUUCAAUGUGAUUGCCGACUCGACCGCCGCCGAGGGCACCGACAUUGUGGCCCAGGUGAGCGACAAGAAGGCCAAGAAGGCCAAGAAGGCCUCCGGCUCGGGCGCCGGGAUGGCCAUCGAGCAGGCCUACCCCGAGCGCGCGGCCAGUGUCAGCCAGGCGCAGCUGUUCACCCUGCGUGCCCUGCUGGACUCGGUAUACAAUGAGAAGGCCCCGGGCAUGCGCGGUGGCUUCAUGAAGGACAAGGACCUGUCCAGCGAGCAGGCCGGCCUGCUGGAUGCCGUCUUCCAGGAGGCGCACUUCUUCCCGGUCAUGCUGUCCUUCGGGGCGUCGGUCGAGGCGGCGUCCGACCUGUCGGAGCUCUGGUACAAGGAGUUCUACCUGGGCCUGCGCAAGGAGAUCCAGUUCCCGAUUGAGAUGUCCCUGCCAUGGAUCCUGACCGAGCAUGUGCUCAAUCCGGAUGAUGCCCACGCCCUCAUCGAGUCGGUGCUCUACCCGCUGGAGCUGUACAAUGACGCGGCCGGCCGGGCCAUCCACAAGCUCCGGUCGCGCUUCCUCUUCGACGAGAUCCAGGCCGAGGUGAACCUGGCCUUCGAUCAGUUCAUCUUCGCCCUGUCCAAUGCGGUCUUCGAGCACUACAAGCAGCGCGCCUCCUCCGUCCUCAUCAACAAGGAGUACAAGCUCCUCUUCGAGGAGAACAUCUCCUCCGACGGGCGCCUCGAGGUGACGGUCCUCCCCUUCGAGUCGGUCCUGCGCCAGCGGCACUUCCAGCUCCUCGGCCGGUCGGUGGACAUCAGCCGGCUGGUGAGCCAGCGCAUUUCGGCCAACCUGCGCCAGGCGGUGGAGGUGGCCAUCCAGCGCUUCGAGGCGGCCCCGCUGCAUGGCGUCCUGGAGCUGAAGGCCCUGCUGGAGCACAACCGCAUGACGCACGAGCUCCUGUCGGCGGUCCUGCCGCUGGAGUCCUUCGACAUGAUCCUGGAGGAGGCCGACGAGGAGACCAACCUGGUGGCCUUCCACGGGCGCAUCGUGUCGCAUGUGGUCUACGAGCUGGUGAAUGACUUCCUGCCGAACUACUGCUACAACAUCAUGAGCGGGCGCUUUGUCCUGGCCCGGCUGUCGAUGAUCGAUCCGCUGAACCGGCCGUCGGCCCCGCGGCCGCUGCCGCACCUGCUCUUCGGCUCGCGCAUCUUCAACAACCACUUCUCCCGGAUGUUUGACCUUUACCGGGAGUACUUCGGCGAGGUGCACUUCAAUGCCCUGUACACGCUGCUGGGCCGGGCCUACUUCCCGGUCAUUCUCGGCGAGCUGGUGAACAAUGCGCGCACCCUCUUCGAGCAUUCGCUGCGCCCCUUCGUGUCGGCCCUCAUGCGCGGCAUGCCGCAGUCGUCCAAGCUGCCGGCCUUCGUGUACGGUGUCACCGGGUCCUAUGAGUACUUCUUCGAGCUGCUGCGCCCGGUCAUCACGUAUGGCGCCCUGCGGACCGAGGUGUUCCAGGUGUUCCGGGAGAUCGGCAACACCAUCAUCGUGCUGCAGCUGCUGGACCGGGCGUCCUUCGUUGGGCAGCCGCUGGCCACCAUGCUGACGGCGCCCUUCUUGGGGAUCCGGGCCCCGGGGCCGAAGCCGAGCCCGGCCGGGGCGGCCGGCCCGGCCGGGGGGGCGGUCGAUGCCCCGCCCCCGGAGAGCCCCACCGGCUCGGUGGCCGACGGGCGCUAUGUGGUGGCCGAUGUGCUGGCGGCCAAUGGCGAGCUCCUGGCUUCCUCCGGCACCGUGGUGGACUUCGCCACCCUGGGCCGGCAUGUGGAGGCUCUGACCAAGGCCCAGCUUGGCGGCGGCCGGUCCCUGCUGGGCAGCUUCCUGGCCAGCCUCAGCGAGGCCCUGGAUUCCACCCGCAGCGAGUGGCUCGGUGCCACCCCCUCGAAUGACGUGCUCGAGGUGGACAUGAGCAAGGAGUACUAUCGGAUUUGGUCGGCCUGCCAGUUCACCUUCUGCACGCCGCCCAUCACGGCGUCCGGCUCGACGACCCGUGAGAGCUUCGGCGAGGGCCUGCAGUUUGGCGGUCUGGUCUUCAUCUACCUGCUGGGCCAGCAGCACCGUUUCGAUGUGUUCGACUUCUCGUACCACCUGAUCCAGGUGGCCGGCAAUGAGACCCAGCUCGGCCGUGCCGGUGGUGUGGACCUUGGCCGCUUUGUGGACCUGGCCCGGUUCUGCCGGCUGCUGAAUGACGAGAUCUUCCGUGUGUUCCGCGCGCACAUGCCCCUGCCGGCCUUCGAGCCGGCCCUCAGCAUCGGCCAGCUGCCCCUCAAGAAGCCCGCCUUCGUGGGCCGGUUCUCGCCUCCGGGGCCGGAUUCGGCCGACGGCAGCGGCACCUAUCACCCCUUCGCCGGGGUGCACGGCGAUGGCGAGCGCAUUGGCAACCUCAAGGCCAUCGCCGUCACCGAGGGUGCUGGCGCGCCCGCGCCUGCUGCCUCCGAGUGA